AUGGGGAGAACAAAGAGAUUUAUACUUUUACUGUGGAUAUACCUAAAGAACAUAGAGUUUGCUUUCGGAGACUAUGAGGUGUCUGUGAAGCUACUGGAGUACAACAGAGACCCAGACAGGUGCUGUGAUAAAUUUUUAUGGUCCUGUCGUGGCGAGUGUGAUGUUUAUUUCCAGAUCUGUUUACAACCUUUAUUACCAACACAAAAACAGAUGUGCCAAGGGAAAGAUGAAGACCAGCGAGUUGAUGACACGCACAGGUUUUUAUUUGCGAACGCUCUGAAUAACGCUGAUAACUACGCGUGGAGGAAUAUCAGGGGACAACCCUCAUUUCAAAUAUCGGUGCACACCUAUGACUACGAUUCUCUCGAUGGCAAUGAUGAUCUUGGUGUGACAAGCUAUGUGUACAGAGGAAAUACAACUACAGGAUUGAUUGUCAAGACAACAACAGGAAAAAAACACUUAUGGAUAAAACUACAACUGACAGUUUCAUGCCCAGCAAAUUAUUUUGGUCCACGGUGUGAUAAGAAAAGAACAACAACCACAACUCCGAAACCAACAACAACAUCAAAACCAACAACAACAACAGCAACGGCUACUACACAAAUAUCAACAACAACAACCAUUACACCAAAAUCAACAACAUCAAAACCAACAACAACAUCAAAACCAACAACAUCAAAACCAACAACAACAUCAAAACCAACAACAUCAAAACCAACAACAUCAAAACCAACAACAACAUCAAAACCAACAACAACAUCAAAACCAACAUCAAAACCAACAACAACAUCAAAACCAACAUCAAAACCAACAACAACAUCAAAACCAACAACAACAUCAAAACCAACAUCAAAACCAACAACAACAUCAAAACCAACAACAACAUCAAAACCAACAACAACGACCAUUGCACCAAAACCGACAGCAACGACUGCUAUACAAAAAUCGACAACAACAACCAUUACACAAAAAUCAACAACAGCCAUUACACUAAAACCAAAAACAACGACUGCUAGGCAUAAACCAACAACAACGACCAUUACAUCAAAUUCAGCAAGAAGGACUACACCAACAACAACGAUGACUACACCAAAAUUAAAAACAACCAAUACACCAGAACCAACAAUAUCGACUACUACACGAAAACCAGGAACGAUUACUUCACCAAAACCAACAACAACGACUACUACACCAAAAUCAACAAUGAUUCUACCAACAACAACUGCAGCAAUAAAAACAACAACAACCAUUUUACCAACAAUAAGAACGACUACUACACCAACACCAAACCAAACGACAACUACCUUAAUAACAACCACUACACCAAUACUAACAACAACCACUUUAUCAAUAAGAACAAUUACCCCAAAAUCAUUAACAACAACUGCACUAAAAAGAGGCACAACUAUUUCACCAAACCCAACAAAAACUACUUCACCAAAACCAACCACAAACAUUAAACCAAACCCAACGAAAAUAUCUACAUCAACACUAAACCAAACAACAACUACACUAACGACGACAACUACAACAAAACCAACAACAACAACCAUUACCCAAAAUCCAACAUUGACCACUGAACCAAAACUUACAACAACCACUACGCCAAAACCAACCACAACCAUUACAACAACGACUAUUUCACCAAAUCCAACAACAACAACACCAAAACCAACAACAUCUACAACACCAAAAUCAACAACAACGAUUUCACCAACAACAACCAUGACAAAUACAACAAUCACCACACCAAAAUUAAUUACAAUCAUUACACCACAACCAACAACUACUACACCAAAACUAAGAGCAACAGCUUCUACACCAAAACCAAAAACAACUGCAACUCCAAAAUCAACAACGAUUACACUAUCAACAACAACAACUUCACCAAAUUCAACAUCGACCAGUGCACAAACAACAAACAUUGUACCACCACCAACCACAACAUCUAAAUCAACAACGACAACGACCAUAACAUCAACUACAACCAUAACACUAACAACAACCACUUCAACAACAAUGACCAAUACACAACCUACAAGUACGCCAAGUACACCAACACUAUCUCAACCAACAACAAUAACCACUAAACCAACAUUUACUCAACCAACAAUAGUGACAACUAAAUCUAAAUCAACAAAACCAACAACUACAACAGCUACACAAACAUCAACUAAAGCUGCAAAAACGGCAACUUCACCAAAACAAACAAAAUCAACCACCAUAGCAACAACAACCAUUACGCCAAUAACAACAACCAUACCAAAACCAACAAGAACUAGAAAUGCAUCAACGCCAACUAAGCUAACAUCAAUGACUUCUACACCAACAUUUACAACAACGACUACUACACUAACAACGACGACAAUUACACCACCACCAACUCAACCAAAAGUAACGACUUCUGCACCUAAAACAAAAGUACCAACUUCUUCACCAACACUUACAACAACGAAUACAUCAACAAUAAUGACCAUUACACCAGCAACAACAGCCACUACGUCUUCAAAGAUCAUUACACAAAUAAUCAAUGCAUCAGCAACAGCAACAACCACUUCAAGAACAUAUACUACAUUACCAAAAACCGUCACAAAACAAACAACAUCAGCCAUAACUAUUUUACCAAAAAUAUCUGUAUCAGCAAAAUCAACCUCACCUUCACAACCAACAAUUACACUGAUGACAAACACAUCAUUAACAACAACCACUUUACCGAAAACAUCACAAACCAGGACUGAAUUAUUUUAUACACCUACUAGUAUAUCAACGACUACCAGACCAAAAACAAUGACAACUCCAUCAAGUACAGCGACCACACAAACGAAAAACACUAUACCAACCACCACCACAAUACAAGAGGCAACCAAUGUAAAUCCCCCUGGAGGAAGUAGAAAACAAACAAUCCGGAUACUUGGUCAAGUGUCAAUGGACCAAUUACAGCAACUCAAAAAGGAAAUAAUAAAGCAUCUGCAGCAACUGAAUCCUGAUAAACAAUCGUUACAGAUUGAGUUUCAAGUUGAAUUCAUGUUCAGUACGAAUAAUGACCCAGUAACGGAGAUUCUAUACAACUACAACUGUUUACAAUGUGACCUCGAGGAUGAUCAGUUUAAGAAUGGUGUCCAGUCAGCUCUUCAGACAAUGAAGCUUAAACAAUACAACGGGGAGGUCAAUCCCAAGAAGAUAGUUCUGAAUAAGAACAAGAGUAACACUGGACUGGUUGCUGGGGUUGUUGUAUCUGUUGUGUUGCUAUUAAUUAUCGUCACAAUCACAGUUACGUAUAGAAGGAAAAAGCAACAGAGAUCCAGACGCAAGGAGAAGGAGUUGCACAUGAACGGACAUACUAACAUGGCGUUAAAUAUACAAGAUACAGAAGACGUUGCAACCUUUAAAAUACCUACAUCUGACACCAGUGACUUAUGA